AUGGAGAAUCUCAGUGAGCUCCAGAACCCGUUGUUGGACAAAAACAGUAAGCACAUGGUCAACGGCUAUGGGGGUGACUUCCCCAACAACCAGUACCAGGAAAACAUUAUUAAUUACUUUGCUGGAGGAGGAGGUGAGGGAGGAGGAGGAGGAAAGGUGAAUAACAGCAACGUAGUGAGCGGAGGUAGUUACAACACCAACGGGAAGAUAAAAUCUCAGCAGCUUUUGGACGCCACCUCGCUGCAUCUGGCAGUAGAGGCCUUCUACAGACCCAACUUCAUCCUGUACAAGGAAGACAGUGGCAGCAUCAAGGCUAAGGAAUACAAAAGCGAGUGCUGUGAGACCACCUUCACAGAGAAGAAAGCGAAGGAGGUGUCCAACACAGCAGGAGCGGACACUGCUGGCACCGAGGAUCCCCAGGCGAAGCUGCUGGAAGACAGCGAACACAUCAAAAUCCAAACUGUUUCCUAUGAGGUUGAGGAGGACGAGUAUGUGGAGUAUGAGACAGACUGCUCCAGUGACAGUGAGAGCGAGGACAACUUCAUAGUCGUCCCUCCACGAGACCACCUUGGCCUGGCCAUCUUCUCCAUGCUCUGCUGUUUCUGGCCUCUGGGGAUUGCAGCAUUUUAUUUCUCACAGGGGACCACCAAGGCAGUGAACAAAGGUGACUUCCCACUGGCCAACAUCGCCUCCCGACGGGCUUUGUUCCUCGCUGCCCUCUCUAUCACUAUAGGCACCGGUGUGUAUGUGGGGGUGGUGGUAGCUCUCAUUGCCUACCUAUCUAAACCAGGACACAUAUAGCAGCUGCACCUUCCCUCCACACUCCUCCGGGGAACCCAGGAGGAGAAUAACCCCCUCUUGGGAACAGCAUUGCUCCGGCAGACUUCGAAGGAAAGUUUUUCGGGGAUGUACAGUUUUUCCCUCCACCUUCCUUUCUUUCCAGCUUUCUCUCCCUACAGGCCCUCUGUCAGCCAAGAUUAGCCACAGUGACUGCAGAUAGGUCAAGCAGGGGAAUGAGAAGAUGGGGAAUUUGGUUGUUGUUGAGAGAGGGAGAGGGUAUGAGUAAUGGAAGUAUUCCAUGUUGGAGUCCAGUUUGCAUCCCAUUGACUUAAACACCUGUUGGCUUCAUCCUCUUUUGGCUAGUUUUUAACUUCCAAGACCCCUACAGAAACACGGAGGUGGAAAGACUAAGACAAAAAGUCCUUGAACUGAAGGAGUUAUUAAAGAGCAGAGGUUGAGAGGGGUUAGAAACCAACACAAGAUCACUCUAAAACUAACCCGCUGUUGCUGUUAUUUGAGAUGCAUUUAAAAUUGGAUCCUUUCUGUCUCCUCCUUUCAUCUCAGUUUGCCACCCUGGACUGUCUUUAAUAGAUAGUGAGCUUUCCUCAUCAACUCAAACAGCAAGACUGCAUUUGUCUCUGGGCUGACUGGCUCACAGUGUAUGACCACACUCGCAGAUUCUGAAAGCAUGACAAAGGAUGGCUUUCAUUUCCGAAGAAUGCUUUAAAAAAAAUAUAGAACUACUGACGAUAACUUCUAUCAAUGAACAAUAAACGUCUGAGAGGGGGAAAAAACAAUCAAAUACGAUCAGAGGCUGUUUCUUUUCUUAUUCAACAAUAAACACCGGCAUGAAUAACAAGAAUCUGAGCGGCGCCUCAGGCCUGAUUUUUACCUCUGAGAAGGUGUCCAUCCAUCAAAGACAUGCCAUGACAUCUAACGAAAUCUGUUCAUGCCAGAUAUGGUUUGCCUGCGCACGUGCAAAUGUGCUUUGUUUUUAUGUUUGUCUUUUUGUGUUCCCUGCUGUCUAAAGGCACCUUGAUUAAUCUCGCUUUAAGCAAUGUUCAUUUAAAGCCUUUGAUAUAAAGCAGAGACGUGAGGUGGCCAGAUGGUCAGAAAUUCUGGGGGAAACUAUGUACAGUGACUCCCAAAAACGCUGCAUCUGGUAACACAAUGUGAAAUAAAUCAGCCACUCACAAUGGGUGAGGAAGUUAUAAAUCAGGUAGAUAAUGUCAUUAAAAGGCAGGCCUUCCAUAUCCUCACAGUCUCGCAGAUUUGAAUUUAGCCGUGAUCAAUUAUUCUCUGCAUGACUUUAGCUGUGCCAGCAGUAUACUGCUAUGCAUGAUUGAUUGGAUUUUGAACAUGUUUUUGUCAGAUCAUAAAAAAAGCUUAAAUUAAAAUUGAUUAGGCUGUGAAGGGGCUUAUAUUUUGUGCCAUACUUUAACUCACAUUCCCUAAUCCGGCAAUUAAAACAGAGGGCGUUUUAGUGUAAUAAACCAUUGAGACAUUUCAAUUUGUCCCUUUCUCACAAUUUCAAGAAUUCUUACUCAGUUUGAAAAACAGACACUGAACAGACAUAUUCUCUUUGUAUGAAGGGCUUAUUAAUAACUUAAGAUUUUAGUUUGUGUUUUUGUACCAUAGAUUAUAUGUCAGGCAGAUGCUAGUUCGAGUAGUGAAGCCUCAAGAGGUGACAUUAUACACUCAGUUUCCCUGCACAAGUCCUGCAUUUGUCAUACCUGACAUUUAUGGUGCAUAAUUAGCUCCCCAUAAUGGCUUUUUCUAAAGGAAUGUGUACUCUCUGGAGCAUAGCCCUAAUAUAGCACAACCACAUUCAUUUCAUUAAUAAGCCACUUUUGGCAUUGCUGGUUGCUGUCAAACCUUGCAAGUAAACAAUCCAUUUACACAUCCUCAGCUCUGCAUUUUAAAAUAAACAUGUAAGUCAGUUCUGUUGUGCUAAUGAAGAGUGAAUAUUGCCCAUGUUCUCCACGAGGGGAAUUUUCCAGUGUGCUUUGCUUAGAUAAAACUGCAGCUAAGACUCCUAGCUUUUCUUAGAAUUUUAUUUUUGGCUUCCUGUAUGAGUAAACACCCAGUUGUAUUGUAAUUAAAGGCAGUCAGCGAGGCCUAUCGAUAAACUGAAUGCCAAUUGAUUUCUAGGUAUUUGUUUGGAGCCCUAAGAUUCACUUCAUUGAGUUUCUGGUCAUCUGAAAAGCUGGUGGUUACACUGUAAAUGUUUGGCCUUAUAACCUCUGAUCCCCUCCCACCACCUGUUCCAGUGGUAACUCAUGAGCUACUGAUUCCACGUCAAUGUACGCACACAUCAUGACCAUCACUGUAACUAAACUGAAAGACUCCGUACGUUUGCUUUCAUCUCUUGGAGAAAAUGUUAUUGCUGAUAGUGAUGAACAUGCUUUGUGUUAUGUAGCGUAUCAUUCAAAUGAUGUGGUUUUAUCUGGCUUCUUUGGCAACCUGGUAUUGUGCAAUAUAUUACAACAGUAUGUGGGGUGGGUUUCAAUGCUGUUAUUUUCAUUCCUCAAUGCCAGGGUGAUAGCGCUCUCUUUGUGUCGUGCUUUUAAGCCAAAUUAAAGAAGAUGACAUUUUUUUAUUACAAUCAUGUUUGGGGGA